AUGGGUCAAAGGAGAAAAGAUGGAAACAAUGUCGAGAGUGUAACUUAUGAAGGUUAUGGACCAGGUGGAAUCGCAUUUAUAAUAGAUACAUUAACAGAUAAUAAAAAUAGAACCGUAAAAGAAGUAAAAAGUCUUUUCACUAAAAGCGGAGGGUCAAUGUCGAAUGUUUCAUGGAUGUUUGAAAAGAAAGGUAGUACACAAGACAACCUUGACAUGAUGAUGGACAAAGCAAUCGAAAUAUUUGAAGUUGAAGAUAUACAAGAAUUGGAAGAUAAUGUAUUGGAGAUUACAUGUCCUAAUUCAUCAGUUAAUACAAUAUCUCAAGAAUUGAUAACGAAAUAUAAUUACGAGAUUACCAGUAUGAGCAGCGGAUACAUUCCUACAUCGACAGUCAAAGUUGAUAAUGAUGACAAAGAAUUAAUAGAUAAACUUAACAAGUUUAUCAAGUCUCUUAAUGAUCACGAGGAUGUUAUUGGAUUUCAUAAUAACGCCGAAUAA